AUAUACAAUAUUCUGAACUAUACAGUCUUAUAUAUCUUAUGUACAACACAAAACUAUACGUAUGAAUUUUAUUCCUGUAUACUGAAGCUACUUUGCAUAAUUAUUCGAACAUAGUUACAUGACAGCAAAUCGACAGUUACUAUUGUUAAAACAUGCUAUGAAUAAAAUUAUAUGGAAAAUAGGUCUAUUAAAAAAUUGUUCUUAACCCCGAGCGCUAUACAUAAACAUAUCUCGGUUUAAAACAAACAGAACAACCUAAAAUGGUACGUGAAAAUAUUAAGAUCGUAUACUAUACACAACAAAGCAUACCCCCACUUCUAAAUGUUUACCGUAAAACAAAAAUACAAUAUCGCUAAUAUAAUCUUCAGUCGUUAAUCGUAUCGGACUUUUCCAAACAAAAUAAAUCUUACAGCGUAAACAUAAGGCGGGUCGUGAAGUCGGAAAACGUGUCGGGAUUUUCCGUAAACCGCCCUCGGAGAUCAGCGAUAAUACGUUGUUCGGCUUCAUAUGUUGAUACCGCAGUCAGUGCACGUUUAUUCCGUGGACGGAAAAUGUUCACGGAAAACCGCCAUGCACAAUUGUUGGCAAAGCAAACGACGCUGAUAUUCGACCACGAUCAAUUUGUACGGUGGUUUGCAAUAGAUAAAUAAUUUGCGUAAUUACGCAAAUGAAUCGUGACAUCAGGUAUUUUAUACUAGCAAACGUCCGUUUAGAUGUUUUUGCUUCACAAAUAAAAUGGUAAACAAAUGAGUCAUAUUUCGUCUUCUAGGUAACUUGUGUUUUGAGCUUACGUUGCGUAUAUUGUGCAGGGUCACCCUAAUUAUCGUUAGUUUUUUUCAGUCAGAAACCUGAUGUUACCUAACAAACAUUGCGUUUAUCGGAGCAGGUCGAGCGAAAAGGGGGAAUCCCCUCACUCCACCACCACGCUGGCCCCAGUUCGCCAGAACCUCGCGAGAUUUACUGUUCGUUAAUUAUCGACCAGACGCGGGUUACGUUGAAGCAAAUCCUUGACGCCAGUGUUGCCAGCGACUUUUGUGCAGCACUGCGGAAACGAGUGUAGCUUGUGCGAGGCGUAAAGUAUGAAGUUGGGGCUUUGUAAAACAAAAAUGGUGAAAACUACUGGCAACACUGGAGUCAGUUCACCUCACGAUCGCUACGUUCCCCAAGUCAAGGCGAUUAGCAGUAACUGCUCACUCUGCACAUUACAACGUGAAUCCAACAAUAGGCGUGCACCGAAGUAUUUCAUGCGCCAGCAACCCCGCGCUGUGUCCAUCAAGUGUACAUGCGGAGCUUCACUCACAAAAGCGAAAACCGCCGUAAUAAGCUUGUUUUCGAAAAUUAGCGGGGUAAGGGGCACAGAUUUCGCUUCUAAAAAAGGUAAUGGGGCUGUGACGUCACCGACGGCUUAGUUCCUUCCAGUGACGUGAUAACGUAUCCCGGAAGACGUAUUUCUCCCAAUCCCAGCCGGACGCAGGAAUCUGGGCCCGAACCCAGGAAGCUCAAAAGCACUAAAGCAUAACGCCUACCGAACAUGGUUAUUACGAGAGAAAAGACCCAGAAAAAAAAUAUUUUUAAAUAAUAAGUUUUCGGGACAACGUUCCUAAGAUGUAUUAACAAAAAAUAAUAAGUCCUGAUAAAUUACAUUUUUGCGGUUUUAUAACAAAGCAAGACUAUUUAAGUAUAGGCAAAAUAGUUAUAAUACCGUAGUCAUAUUUUAAUAUCUUAUGUCAUUUGUAAAUUUUUGCCUCGGGUCAGUCAUACGGAUAGCGCAGUGUAGGUAAUGCCUUUAUACUCUCUCGCUUAGGAGAUUAUACGAUAACCUAAGAACGGUACAGAGCUAAGAAACCAUAACGCUUGCGGUUAAAGCUAAUCAAAACCGCAUAUCCGUAAACAAGUUUUUUUUUAUGUCUAACUAAGACUUAGAUUUAAACUUGUAAAGCUAUAUGAAAAGAAUCGUCGAUGACCGCGAUGUAUAUGUGCACGGGCGAUUUUAUUUUUAGAGCUCGCCGAAUGACCACAUGUGUCGCGAAAGAGCCUGAUGCUACUGCAUAGGAUGACGUGAUAGUUUUAUUCGGGGAACGGGCAAGUGUCUAUUUUUUCUUCGCGAAGUGAGCGUUUUUUCAGUUUUCUUGCCGAGGCGCUUCGCUGGCGUUGCGCGCGCACACCCACUCGUAGCGUACGUGCAGCCAUUCUUUGGUUACGCGCAAACGUACGGGCACACGCACGUUGCGGGCACAGACGAGACCUGGCGCACUUAAAUACGCUCGCGCUUCAACGAAACAUUGUCAAACCAAAUCUGCUUACAGUGUCAGCAUAGGUAGUAAAAAGAAAGUAGUAUGCUGGCUAUACAAUCGACUAUUAUUAAUGUAUUAAUCUAAUCUACUAGCUGUCAUAUAUAGAUCACGUCUUAAUUGAUGGAGUGUGACUAAACGAAUUUAUUUUAUCAAAAUCAGGUUCAAUUUUGGUUAGAUGAAGUCAACUAGGCUGUAGAGUAUCCCCACCAAAUUAGAUUCAGUUGUGAUGUCAGUUUGUUUCGACGCACAUCAACAUCACGUCGCUACGAUAAUGAACAACGAUAUGACGCUUUUAAGUGGCCACAAACAAACCAUGUUUAACCAGCAGUCAGGGAGCCAGGACAAAUGGAGCAGCGUGUCGCCCAACUCACCUGACAAGGAUAUCAUGGAGCAUCUUAGAAAAGGAACAGAUUUUUCAUGUUUCGCCUCUUCAAAUGAUGUGGAAUUUUCCUCCGGGGUGGAAGGGAAGGAAAAUGGCUCAAAAGGCAAAAGCGGAGGACCGUUCUCUCCAGAAGACCUAUUCAAACCAAACCAAGAUGAAAACUCGACAAGCACGAGCGAGAUUUUCUCGAUGUCAUCGCCAGAGAGCCUUAGCAAUUUCUGUAAUGUUAAAUCCGCAGUCGCAGUAGCACGUGCUGCUGCCACGUUGCUGGAGUCCAAGUCCAGUGAAGAGGAAAAUUACGACGAAUCACUUAUGAACACUGGCUCAUCUGCAAGGUCCGCGAGCCCAGGAACGAACGAUGACUUGUCCGACAGGGAUUCGAACCCAGAGAAAGACGACAUGUCGAAAGAUAUCAAGGACGCGGUCAGUCAAGUGCUCAAAGGAUACGACUGGACCCUUGUCCCAAUGCCAGUGCGAAUGAACGGGUCACAGAAGACAAAACCUCAUGUCAAGCGGCCAAUGAAUGCAUUUAUGGUGUGGGCACAGGCGGCCAGAAGAAAGUUAGCUGACCAGUAUCCACACUUACACAACGCUGAACUCAGCAAAACACUCGGGAAACUUUGGAGGUUAUUAAGUGAAACCGAGAAAAAGCCGUUUGUUGACGAGGCCGAACGACUUAGGAUCAAACACAAAAAGGAUCAUCCUGACUACAAAUAUCAACCUCGUCGAAGGAAAAGCAGCAAAACCGCAUCGGGGGUUGGCGAAGGCACCCAAGGUGCUCAAAAUCAAAGCUUGAAGCAACAGAGCGGCAAAGUUAGGAAGCAAGACUCGCAAAGUUCGGACGAAUGCCAAGGAGUACAGCAGGCACUGGUUGCCAACCCAAUUUCAGGCAAACAGCAGUCUAAACAGCAACUGUCGAGCCACCAUUCACCGCAGAGCGUCUGCCACUCACCCAGCAACCAGUCCCCACCACACCAAGGUUCUAUCACCAACAUAUACGAAGUAAUGCACAGAGAACAGCGUGGUUACCAUGAUUCUCCAGAUGCAACUGUACCAUGUUCACCACCGACUGCAAUAAACAUGGACGAGUCGAAAAAGCCGCACUCUACACUUCACUCCCGUAACAGCUCGUUCGGCUCUAAGCAACAGAGGGGUUCAUCCAUCGAUUUGACGUCUGAGUGCUCGUCUCAUUCCAUGCACGGAGUGAUGGACACCAACACACAAGAUAUAAUGGCCAAACCUGGUUUUGAUGUCACUGAGUUCGAACAGUACAUGCCCGGUGCCUGUAACCCCGCAGUCGUACGUCAACAUGAAGAGGCUUUCGGCUACUCUUGUAUGGGUGAGCCUCACGCAAAACAAAAGAGAUGCAAUUUCACUGACACCUCCCAAAACAUGCCAAGUCCAGUCGACUGUUCUGUGCAACAGAACCCCAUGUUUUCCCCCAACAAACAAGGUACACCUCAGUACAGACCCAGUAGCUGGGUUGAAGGCUAUGAAACUGGUGUGAUGACGGAGGCCAGCGUUUCUCCGAACGCAAGCAUGGACCAGCAGUUCAGUCAGCCAGAAAAUUUUUCCUACGACAGCGUGACCUCAGCAUGCUCACCGCUGCAAUCAUCCUCUGUGACGUCACAAUCCGGAGAGUUUAACACGUACUCAAUGAACCAAAGCUCCCCGCACUCGUGCGCUGAGUUGCCAGUUAAAAAGGAACAAAUUUCACCGAUUCAGCAGCACUUCUUCCCUCACGUUCCUCCAGCAACAAGAUUCCAAUGCUCUGAGCUGCAUAAAGCAGCUGAUGUUGCCCCACAGCCAUACCAAGCGUAUUUCGAUGCUAAUAUACAGCGGGCACCGAUGGAAGACACUAUGGUGGACCAACGAGCUGACGCAUUGUAUCAUCACAAUGCUUAUGACCACAGCGGUCCUUUCCCAAACAUGCACGGUAGAUUUGAUGCUUGUAGCGCAAAGCAGCAAGAAAUGAACCUUGAUUCGCCGACCCGUUGCUCUCCGGACCCACCACGCCCUUUUGAACACGCAGCUUACGACUCAAAUAUCACUAAUCCACUACAGCGCCGUUUUUCACUGCCCUUGAUCCCACAGAACCAACAGCAAGGCGGAGCAAACCCAGCCUAUAGACAUUUUGGGCACAGCCAUAAUCAAAGCCUCGCCUCUCAUUACCCAAAGCCAAACGAACGGCAGCAAUUGUACUCUGCGCCUGAAGGUUUCUCCUACCCCCAUAACCAGCACUAUAACAUGGCCCAGCAGCAGCAAAACUGGCCUUUACCGAGCACCAGUGCUGAGGUGUUUUCGCCGCCGCAUUAAACAAUAUAAUUUAAUUGUUUCUUUUAAUUUAUUUCCGUUACAUUUUUUCUUGGUAUUGUUGACUAUCUACUGUGCACUUAUCGCUUUCCGCCAAGUCUAAAUCCCAUAGUUAUCCCUCGCUCUUACGUCAAACGUUCCAAGUGUACACUAUUCUCACAGUGCGUGUGUCUUGUACGUCUGGCAAAAAUCAGAAAAUAAUUUAUCUGGCUUUGGCCGAUUGAGUGGCACUGGUAGUUGUGUGUCAGUCGGUCGACAGCCACUUUAUCGCACGAAAUGUACAAUAGAUAUCAGACGUGUUACAAAACAUAUACCCCCUUUUUAGCUUCACCCGUAAUAUGCAAUUUUCCCAAAGUGCCCUUCUAGCAGAAACCGCCUUUAACGUUCCAAAUCUGUACAAAUAAACCUUCCUUUCACGCUCAAUAGGCUUGAUGUAUUUUCUAUCGCAUGCACUCGGUGUAUUUAAUUUAAACGAGUGCACAAACCGAAUAUAAGCGAGAGAUUUGGUGCCUUUCAAUUUUGUUUUCAUAAAAUUAUAAUUUUUAGCGUAUUUUUCUACGUUAAUAAAAACAAACGAGUAAUUGAAUCCGGUUUGGUGAGAUUUCAAUUCAGUAGAAGCAGCUUAAUCUUAUACCAAGGCAGAAAAGGCAGCUUAGACCACAACGCAACCUUAGGCUACGAUGGCGAUCGGGUCGAGAGAAAAUACAAGCGGCAAAAAUUCUCGGCAGAUUAAGUGCACAGCCCAAGCCUCGUAAUUGAAUAAUACACGCGCGACCAACAAUAUAAUCUGAAAAUCCAUCUAUGGGUCUUCGAGUGGCCGCCUUUGAAUUGGAUGUUAUUGUAGGACGUGGUACAGGCUUUCGGCAAGCUUAAGUCAGUUGCGGUAUCUUCAGCAGCACUUUAUUGACGAAAGUUAAGGCCAAAAUGCGGCGGUGUGCUGAUCAUAAGUUUUGAAAUAAAGCGACUUAAAAUUGCUGUGAAAAUAUUCUACGAGAGCGCUGAUCCGGAGAGAGUGAGGAAAAAAGUGAAGCAGAGAGAGAGAGAGCCCAAUAAGAGAGAACACAUACCCGGUGGGCCUAUUACAUCAUGACCUAAAAUAUCUGUGAGCUGCACUGACCCCUGACAGGUGAAGAACAAAGACACACCACGCGAAAAUUUUCAUCACCGGUUUGGACUUGGUGCCACAACCGAAUCCUCGGCAGCUUGUGCGCUGCUGACAACCGAGAUGUGCAUACUGUACAACCGCAUUACCGUCCCGUGAAAGGUACGGAACCUUGUAUUAAUUAGCAGUCUGAGAUAAUCAUGGCAUUGGUCUAUUGUUCCAGUUGUCCAUCGUCCUGGAUAAGCCAACUACAACGUCGAGUAAUCGCCACAUCUGAGCCUACUGGUUAAGCCGACCGCGGCCGCGCGCGAGUUUUUUCAAUUACUCGGAAAAUUAAACGCUAAAAAUUUGUAAUCACUGACUUGCAAACUACUAUUAUUGCUCCGAAGCUGAGUAUAGGCGGUAAAGUAAUUGCUGGAGCAUGAAGUGCGGUCGCUAGAUAUUAAAACCAAGCGAAAUAAUGAGCGGAAACAUUGGUUGAAAAUAAGCGCUAACGAAGGGUCACACAUAAUAAUUGCUGCUAAAAACAAUGGGAAAAUUAAAUAUAAAAACUGGGAAUACAAUUAAGACUAUAGCGGUCGGUAAAAGGGUAAUAAUUUAGUGAAGGGCCUAAUCUGAUCGUAUGAAGCGACCAACUUUUCGUUUGGUGUUUUAGGAGGUUUAAACGUUUUAGGAUUACACCAUGUUCCUGCAUUGUCUUUUCGGGUUGCGGUGAUUUAUACAGUGUCCUAAUUACAAGAUUAUGGAGCUGAGUCAGACGAUAAGCGAUUGACUCAUUGUUUUUCUACCGAACGUUUUGCCUGAAACCAAAGUUACCGCUGGGUAUAAAAAUACUCUCGUUACUUUGCGUGUAACCAGAGCAGCAAUUGAAGAAUAUUCCGCCGUUUCCGGGCAAAUUACACGUUUCUUGUCUGCCCUUAAUUCCGGCACAUCCGAAUGAAGUGACUGCGGUGCAUAAGAGAUCAUAAAGCGAGCAUCAGCCAGCGAUUUUAGGGCGAAUGUCACGGAGAUCGGGGUAUCAAUGGGAAGUAGUCGGCUCCAUAAUCCGCGCGUGCAUAUUCCGGCGUAUUGGAGGCGAAGCCAACCGCAAAAUGACGUAUGACAAACACCGGUGUCAUUUACCAUUCGCGCCUCUCGCUUUUCUGUGCUACGUCAUACUCAAAAGAGUGAUAAUACAGCGGCUACGGCUGAAAAAUCAGAGCGUUUUUUCCCUGAAAACACAUGUUUCGUUCGAAACCUCUCGGCCAAUAGCAGCGCCCGGCGAUGAUGUCAUAUCUAUUUCGAAGGCGCGAUCGAAUCGCGAUCGCUCCGCUUGAUCGGCGCUGUGGUGAUGGCAGGCAUCUACCGGAUACUGGGAACAGAUAUCUGUCACAGCAACUAAUUCGACCAAAUCUUUUCUCACGUGUCUAGGUUAAGGUUUUAAUUAUAUUUUAUAAAAAUCAAACAAACGCAAAGCGCAACAUUAAAAUACUCAUCGGAAAAUACACUCUGCAACCGUGUUUACGUUACGGAGCAUACAACCCCGUCUCCUUACUUGAUCUAAUUCAUUACCAAUAACCUCAUUCAAGUUUGAGAAGGUGCACUGUACAAGCUGUACCACAUCGAUCAAUGUUAUACGAUGAAGGCAUAUUUCUCGCAAACUGCAGAUGCGAGUGUUGAAGACACAGGCCUUCAACCUCAGCAUUACCGCAUUAAGCUACGGGUAAAAACAAACAAGCGUGGUUUUACACAGCCGAUUGCUGCCAGGCGAGCCUUAACACUACAUUCACUAUUUGUUGCUUAGGUUACAUGUACCCCAUCAAACUGAAGCAUAUAUGUACAGCGCAUAGGCCUAAGUUAUUACACAAAUGCAUUAGGCCAGCUUAUACACAUAAACAAUUGGAUUAAAUAACACAUCACAUUCCAUUUAUUUCCAAACAAGCCUACACGUGCGAAAAGCAAUACAAUAAACAUACAACGCAUCUUACUGCGAAAAAGAAUUUACCAGCCACAAAUGCAGUUACAUUACAUUUUGUAACAAUAACACAUUUGACCUAUCACACAAAAUGAGCAUUUUUAAAUGGGUUUGUGUAGUCUCAAGUAGCCAAUGUGUAACGGUUCAUAGAAAACAAUAUUUCCUAUUAUGUCAUAACCCGAAUCAUCAUUUUUUGAACAAAUUGUUCCGUAAACACAACAACAUAAAGGUGCGAGGAUUUGGUCACGCAGCAUCGUGGAAAUCCGAGCCGCUUGAUGACAUCAUCAAUGAAUCUGCCUAUGACGUCAUACAGGCGCGUGGCAUACGGAACGCUGAUGUGUAGUAAACUGUACAGCAGUAAACAAAUACAGAUACGGAGCGUGGAACUAGUUACAAGAGUUAUUUUUGCAAGUAUGAGAACACCUGGUAUGAUUAGAACGGAACAUCAGUGGACUGCUGCCAACGUAUCCCAACUAGGCGUUACUACGAAAUUAACCUGUAAGCUGAUCUGUGGGCCGUCGUGGAGUCAUCAUUUGAAAUUAGCGUUCUCCAUUCGCGCAGUACAAUAGGAUUACGGAGAUCUCGUUUUUUUUUUGUCAUUAUCACACGAAGCAUUAGAGUGGGUGUAAGCUGUUGGGUCUAAACAUGACCAAGUCCGGUCUGUGUUUCCGAUACGGUUUUGCGAUCAUUGUCUUUCUCUACAAUAAGUAAGGUGUUGAAGUUGAAUAUUGAAGAAACUAACUGGCAGCACUGUUUUAUUUACAGCGAUAAGUGACUGUGCAUCACUGAGGCCACGAACUGCAGGCUAGUUGCCUGAGGCGGUGGCUUGCGCCGCAUAAACCUGAUACGAAGUUCCGAUUAUGCCCUCAACUAAACAAAUACAAUUCACCAAACUGACAGAAAGUGUACAAGAAAAAGCCGAUAACCAAGACUCGAAACCCUGUCUUGAAACCAUGUAAAACGUAGAAGCAAAUAAUGUUCGACGCAUUCCAAAACUCGUGACGCUGCCCGGUACUCAAACAUAACUAAUACCCCUCAUGUAAUUCACUGGUUUACAAAAGAUUCUGUAAGCAAAGUACCUUUAUAAAACGUCAAUCAUUAUAACAGGGAUCUAAGCGUGACUUAGGUACAUUUGUCUAAUGAUUAGACUCUAAUCAAUGAAAUAUCAUCCAAAAUUGGUUGCAUAACCAUCUAAACACAUAAUACCCUUACUUUAACGGAGGGAAAUUACGUUUUUUGUACUACAAGUCAGUACACUCCUAAAUAAGCCGCACGAAAUGGCUUAUAUUGAUUAUAUAAUACGCAAUAUACAACCCAAGGGCCUAUAUAUAAUAGGGCCUUGAAAUCUUAUAUAAUAUUUGUGAAAUUCGAAUAGUGUAUUUACUUUUUUAUGAACAGUUUCGUAUAAUGUUUUAGUUAUGUGUCGUUUUUCCUAUUCCUAACCGCUAACUAAUAAAACACACGAUAGAAUGCAA